AUGCGUGCGGUGAUCCAACGUGUCUCGUCCGCUUCCGUUAUAGUCGACUCUAAUGUAGUUUCAUCGAUUUCGAAUGGGCUCAUGUGCCUCAUCGGCAUUGGUGACGACGAUACGGCAAAGGACUCGGAAUAUAUCGUAAAUAAAAUCUUAAACCUCAAAGUAUUCGAUGACCCAGAGACCGGAGCAAUGUGGAAAAAGAGCGUCAAGGAUAUCGAGGGCGAGAUUCUGUGCGUCUCCCAAUUCACACUCAUGGCCAAAACCAUCAAGGGGGCGAAACCAGACUUUCAUAAAGCGAUGACAGGCGAACUAUCCCGUCCAUUCUAUGCCUCGUUGCUCGAAUCAAUGGGGCGCGCAUACGUCCCCUCACGAAUUAAAGAUGGCCAAUUCGGAGCAAUGAUGAGCGUAUCGCUAACCAACGAAGGCCCCGUUACGCUCACCAUAGACUCGCGUAAAUUCGAGUAUACGCCAGUUGCUGAAAACUUCCGCUAA